UAACAAAUAACAAUAUUGUCGUUCUCUGACAAGAUUUUAACUUAAACUGGAACUACGUACUUCCCCAUGGGAUUCUGCGAACUUACAAAAUGUUUUUGCUUUAGCCCAUGUCGAAAAUAUGUGGCAAUUGGGAGUUAAAGCAGCUUAUCAGACAAAUACAUGUUUGAGUGCUAAUAAAGUGCAAAGUCUGCAAGCUGGUACACAGUCACGUAUGAUAAAGAUGUGAAGUGAAGUGUUGCAGCAAAAGCCAUUGAAAACCAGGAAGUAUUGCACCAACUUGCCCCAGUUUGAAUUUAUCACCAUAAGUAUAAAAGCCGCACAAUGAAUGCCAGUGAAACCUAUUCCAUGAUGGACCCCACGGAAAAUAUAUCCCAGGUCUUAGACCGAAACAGAAACAAUUCAAACAGCCUGCGAACACUCCCCACAGUGGAAGAGUAUUAUGAAAACAUGACUGCCUUCCUCAGCCUGGCCAUCUUCGUAGCCACCCUGCUGACCAUCCUCAACAUCAGCAUCUUCGCAACGACUGCCUCCCGGUUGCGUCGUCACCUGGACAAGCCGCUGCUGAGACCCUCGAUUAUGAUGGUGGGCCUGUAUCCGAUUAUCUCGGUGGCUGCCCUGGUUACCAUUCUGGUGCCCUACUCCUGGUUCAUUUGCCACACGGUGAUGCACGUUAUGUUCAUGGUCGGCGGACCCGUGUUCCGCACCCUGCUCUUCCGUUACGUGAACUCGGAGCAGAACUACGUAAAGGAGACGGCCGCCGAGGCGGUGCAACUAAAUACUCCGCCGUGCUGCUGCUGCUGCCUUUGCCUGCCGAUGGUGAUUCCCACCAAGGCGAAGCUCUGCAUCUCGAGAUACAUGGUAUGGCAAAUGCCCUUUUGGCAGGGCUCCAUCAUGCUGGUGAUGAACAUUCUGUACUACAGGGACAUUCAGCUUUACCGACAGGUCAUGUUCUUCUUCAUCCCCUUCAUCAUCAGCUCCAUUGUCUUGGGCGUUUGGUCCCUCCAAAUCACCGUGCGGAUGAUCUCAAAGGUGCGCGGGGAUUAUCAGCUUAGAAAGAAGAUGUUCUGCCUCCAACUAGUGGUGAUGCUAUGCAAGCUGCAGUAUCUGAUCCUUUACGACCAGCUGGACGGCAUCAAAAUGGGCGGGGAGUAUCCCAUUAAUCACACCGUCUACAAACAAACUAUCAUCAACAUCCUCAUCCUGGUUGAAAUGGUCCUGGUGUCCAUGAUGGCUCAAAGUGCAUAUCGUACUCCUGUUCAGGUUCAAAUCGAUGAGGUUAAUAAGGAGAAGGAAGUUACUCGUAUUUGAGUGCGCGUAUGCAUGUCUAGGAUUGUAGGAAAUAGAAAAAUUGUGAUAAAUUUAAUAAAA